AUGUUGAGACUUGAGAGUGAAAACAAUAAACAUACUUUUUAUUCAAUAACAAAAUGUUUGGAUGACAUAUGUUGUCCACUGAUUUGCUCGGAGUGUAAAAUAUGUAUUCAUUCGUAUCAAUGCACAUGUCCAGAUUAUCAAAUUAAAUCAAUUAUAUGCAAACAUAUUCAUGUUAUAGUUAUGGAUACAACUUCCACGAAUACAUCAAUUGUAGAAUUAACACCUGAAACAGAUUAUCAAACAUCAAACAUAGGCAAAGAAAUGGAACUACACAUAAAAAGUAUACAAAGAAGUGAGAGCUCACAGAACACUUCAAUACUUCAUGCCAGAUUUAAGGACAAAGCAAUAAAUUUAAGUAACCUAAUUCAAGGUGUUAAUAAUCCUGAACAUCUUAAAGUUGCGAUGCAAAAAUUAGACGCCUUAACUGCAUUUAUUAAUGUUGCAUCAAAUGAAAAUGAAGUUAUUCCAUACAAAACGGACCAAAAAGAACCAGCUAAUAAAAAAAUCACACAACAAAAAUCAUUCUUCUCAACCAAAAAUAAAAGGUUUAAGGCAAGAAAUACUAUAACACGACCAACAUCAGACGAAAUUAAAGAUCUAAACGAUACGUUACUACAUAAAAAAAUGUGUGGUUUUAAAAGAACAAGAUAA